AUGGAGGUGGCGACCGACGAGCCAUUCACUCCGAUCAAGCAAGAUACAAAUAAAGGGAAGCUUCAUUAUUAUUCAUACAACAUAAAUUGGAACUACGGGCUGCUUCCACAGACUUGGGAGGAUCCUUCAUUUGCAAACAAUGAAGUUGAUGGUGCUUUUGGGGAUAAUGAUCUGGUUGAUGUUGUUGAGAUAGGGGAGAGGCGAGGAGAGAUUGGUGAAAUACUUAAGAUCAAGCCACUGGGUGCUCUAGCAAUGAUUGAUGAAGGCGAGCUUGAUUGGAAAAUAGUUGCCAUCUCUUUGGAUGAUCCAAAAGCUACUCUUGUGAAUGAUAUAGAUUAUGUUGAGAAGCAUUUUCCGGGGACUCUUACUGCCAUCCGUGACUGGUUCAAAGAUUAUAAAAUACUUGAUGGCAAACCUGCAAACAAGUUUGGUCUUGGCAACAAGGCGGCAAAUAAGGACUAUGCACUAAAAGUGAUCAAGGAGACUAAUGAAUCUUGGCUGAAGCUGGUUAAGAGAUCCAUUCCAGCAAAUGAUUUGUCCCUUGUGUAG